AAAAAUACGAUUACAAUUACCCGUAAUUUAAAUCGAUACCUGCCAAGCACCUUUUUAGUUGUAACCUUUUAUCACCAGCACCAAAUAAGUUUAGAACGGCUCCAAUUUCAAAUUUCGGAAAUAAAAGCUUUUAACCUUGAAAAUAUCGCGAUCUUACUCAAUCGCGCGUCGACUGCAUAUAAUGCGCUGUGUCGUGACGUCUUUUUUUGAUAACAUUUCUCCUUCCACUGCAAACUCCAAAAAGGAAGGAGACGAACCGAGCUUAUUUUGAAACGCAUCUAAUACUUAAUCGUCCACCAACUCAGUCCAUUGCAAACCUUGGUUAAGUGAAAAACAAUUUUAAAAAAUCAAUGAUCCACGUGGCUAAAUACAAUUUAAAUUAAAUCAUUUUAUUUCAAUAAUAAUAAAAUAAUAAAAAUAUUUUAAAGAAGUAAAAAUGAAGAAAGAAAACGGUCAUUUAAUGGAGAAUGGUUUUCAAGGAAAACGAGAAAAGUUCGAAGAAAAAGAUAAAUUAGAAAAUGAAGAUGAAGAAGUGGAGUGUUUUACCCCCCCGGAUGGUGGAUUUAGAGCUUGGCUAAUUCUGGUGGGAUCGUUUCUUUGCAACGGGAUCCUUUUUGGGGUGAUAAACUCCUACAGCGUUAUUCAGGAUAAAUUGUAUUUGGAUUUAAAGGAAAAUAAUGUUACGGAAGCUUCUUCAAAAGCAGCAUUAGUUGGGUCAUUAGCAAUGGGUUCAACAUUCCUCCUCUCAGCAGUUUCGGGCAUUUUAACCGAUUUGAUCGGCGUUCGACCAACUUGUUUCAUCGGCGGAGCUGUAGCAACAUCCGGAUUACUCAUCUCAUCGUUUUACACGCACAACAUCAACGCUUUAUACUUCACUUAUGGAAUAAUGUACGGAAUUGGAUGCGCUUUGGCCUACACCCCAUCGUUGGCGAUUUUGGGGCACUAUUUUAAGCGUUAUAUGGGGAUUGUGAAUGGUGUCGUUACAACGGGAAGUUCGAUUUUUACGAUGGCGAUGCCGCACAUAAUCGGGUACUUUUUAGAUGUUAGUUUGUUAUCGGGAACGUUACAAAUUUUGGCUGUGAUAUGUUCGUUGGUGAUGAUUUGUUCGUUAAGUUUUAAGCCUUUAAUUAAAUCGAAGAAAAGGGUUGAGCUGAUGAGCAAUGGUUCUGUUUUUAAGAAUAAAAAGUAUUUAUCUUGGGCGAUUAUAAUCGCGAUUAGUUUAUGUGGAUAUUUUGUGCCUUACGUUCAUAUGUCGACGUUUGUUAAAGAAAAUUUCGACGAAAACGCCGAUGGGAAGUUGCCAAUUAUUUUUAUUGGGAUGUCAUCGGGGUUGGGGAGAUUAAUUUUUGGUUAUAUCGCUGAUAGGAAAGGCGUAAGCAGGAUAUUUUUGCAACAAAUUUCUUUUAUAAUCAUCGGAACAUCAUCAAUUCUCCUCCCGUUUACAAAAAAUCAUUUCAAUUUACUCUUAACGUUAACAUUUAUCAUGGGAAUUUUCGACGGUUGCUUCGUGGCUUUAUUAGGACCAAUCGCUUUUGAUAUUUGCGGACACAAUGGGGCAACGCAAGCAAUCGGAUUUUUAUUGGCUUUAUCAUCGAUUCCUUUAACAAUAGGACCUUACGUCGCCGGAAUUCUAUACGAUCAUUUAGGAAAUUAUGAGCUCGCGUUGAGAUUAGCGGGAAUUCCCCCGAUUAUCGGCGGAAUUGUUAUGUUUAUCGUUGGAAAAUUUCAAUCGAGGGAAGAAAAUUUAGACGAAGAAAUAAGCGGGAAGGAUUAUUUGGAUGUUAACUCGAAGAAUGCACGACUUAACGGUAAGAUUAACAGUAAAUCUUACCUUUUGGGAAAUAAAGGAAACAAAAAAAAUUGUUAUUCUUAAAUUUUUAUUUCAAUUUAGACGAUUUCAAUUUCAUAAUCUCAAAACAAUUAUAAUAAAAUAAUCUGUGAUAUCUCUUUUAUAUAAAUGGUGUAAUUUUAACUACUUAGAUAUUAGUUAAAAAGUAAAAAGACAAUUUUUUUUAAAGUAUAUUUUAUAAAAGUAGAAGUAGCAAUACAUUUUAAUAUUAAAAAAAAAACUGAUGUUUAUUAAUUAAGUUUUUUGUUCUUUCUUUUUAUUUCUUACAGAAUCGAUUGGUGAAGAUGAGAAGAUCUGCUAACAAUCUCUUCAAAGUAUUUAAAAUUAAGAAUAAAAAAUGUUUAGAGGUAACCUUUUCUGUAUUAAAAUGUAUUGCUUCAUUUAUUCAUUAAAAAAUGUAUUUAUUUCCCCCCUUUUUAGUUUAAAUACUCAUUUUAAUCAUUAGAA